CCCUCCGAGUCAAGUAAGUUCUCCCUUCCUUCUCUUUUUUCUCUCCCGGCCAUGUCUUCGUUUAGCGAUAGGAUCUCGUCCUCAGAGGACUGCUCCUCUGAGGAUUCCAACUCAUCUUCCUCGACCGGGUCUUCUUCUCCUGGAUCUACGCCCGGUCAGGUUCCCAACUCUUCCAUUCCCGACCCGCAUCCUGUAAAUCAGGUGCCCGGUGAAACCUUCGUGGGGAGGGAUGACCCGGUUGAUGACGAACCGGGUCCCUGCGAUCCCGAACACGAAACCCGGGAUGCGUGGGAGGCGCGGCUUCACGCUGCCGGUUACUUUCCGCUUCCCACUUUCUAUUUCCUUGACAUACCUUCCCGUGUGUCCAAAAUUGCUUUAAAUAAAAUCCGUAGGAGGCUCCCGGAUGGGUAUACCCUCCUCUACAAACCCAACUGGCCCAACAUCGUUGAACCCCACCGGGAGGAUAGGAUAGGGUUCCAUACCAUUUCCCUGGACGCGGGCAUAGUUUUUCCCUUUCGCCCCCUCCUUACUGAG